AUGGGCUGCCAGGCCGGCUACAUCGAGGCCAGCUUGCCAGUAUACACCAUGCACCGUGGCGCUCACGUCGUGGCCCAGUCCAGCUUCCAGCAGUGGGUAGAGAGCUUCCAUGAGAACCCAAGCAUCCGAGGGCUGCCGUGUGACACUUAUAUCAGUCAGACAAUUACCUUAGUGAGCUGUGGCCCCCCUCUUCGCUCCCUAGCUGAGCGCCUGUCCCACCUGGGGCCCUCAGAGAGCGAGCCUGCUUGGGAGGCAGCUGCAAAUGCUCUUGACCAUGUCACCCACCUCUCCCACCGCGUCCUGGCUGACCUGCUCUUUGAAGAACUGCAGCCCCAUUUCUCCAAAGUGAUGUGUCACAAGCAGCUGACCAUCUCUGAGGCUCUGGAUGACAUUGUAGGGACCCUGGGAGCUCAGACCUUGGCCCUCAGAAGAAUGCAUGACCAGCCUUACCAGGCCCUGGUGGGGGAGCUGCACCAAAGGCCCCUGGUGCAGUAUGUGGAGAUGUAUUGCAGGGGCCUGUUCUGGGUGGGUUUCAGAGCUGGGGGUUCUAGCUCUGGCUUCUGGGCUCUAGAGAUAAGGAUUCCAGGAUUAACUUGGUUCAGGGGGAGGCUGAUUCUGGAGCUGGAUAUAUGAAUAAAGCUCCCAGAACUGUGUUGUGACCAUGCCUAGGGUUAUGGAUCUGUGUUUGGGGUUUCUAUAGUUGACUUUUGGGCUGGUGAGGACUACAGAAUUUGAUGGGCUCUAGCCUGCAGCACUUGGGGAGAAUAUUGGCUCUAGAUAUGUUUAGGGGUAGGGCUCUGGGAUUGAACUAGGGUGAGAAUUAAGCUGGGGGUG